AUGCCACUUACACGAUCUCAAACACGGAAGAAAGCAGCACAAGCCCAAGUCGAGACUGAAAACCCGACGGGUGUCGCUCCUUAUCCCGCCUCCGCCUUGCGUUCUCCGCUACGACUCAAGCGUAAUGUGAUUACACCGGCAUCAACCUCCCUUCCGUCAACCCUCACAUUUAAAGAUCGUCAGACUCAUCGCAGACUGGAACGCGCCAUGUCUCAGAAACUGCUUCAGGCCAUCGCAGACACCAAGGCUAAAGUUGCAACCGCCCCACGAGUAUGUAACUCAGGACCGAAACCAUUGCGGCGUUACGAAACGCCACUGGAGUUGGUGGGGAACGCAGUGAACGAUCCGGCUCUGUUGAACGCGCCCAAAGCUAAUCGAGUGUACAAACCGAGACGAGAGCCGUCGUUCGCAGUCGUGCUUGAAGAGCUGUCGGAGUAUGAUACCUUCCAACCGGUUCGACCUCGGCAUCGGCAGCAGCACCAGCCGACAGAUCUACCAGACCUGGAAGAGUUCGGAGGCAUCCCUUCUAAUUCUUCGUAUGAGCUCACUGCGCAGGAGCGAGGAUGGAUGAAGGAGUUCGACGAAACAGUGCCUUUUUCAUUCGAUGAUCCAGAGAAUUGGGGGCAGUUUCGCACGUUCAUGGUCAACUUCGACGAAUUCAUGAAACGUAAGAUACGGGAGCGGGGGAUAGAAACCACGCACUCGGGUAUAUUUGGGCAUGGCCCAGUAGAUGUAGGAGGAAGCUAG